GCUUGAGCUUUGGUUUUGGUAAACAAUUUAAAACAGCCAUCUUAAGGAUGAUGCCUUUGUUCUGUGCUUUGUAGUUAGUACUAAAAUUAAGUAUUAUGAUCGAGGAACAAUCCACCCCAUGCUUCGCCCGAACCUGAUCCAAUCUUUAGGGACGCUUCCAUCAUCUGUUGGCGGCAAGUAUACAAAGUUAAAGCAGAAAGAUAACUGACGGAUUAGAUCAUAAAUUAACUAUGCAAGCAUGAAGGUGGUAAGUAAGUAAGUAAAGGAGCUACAUAAUUCAUUAGUCAUUAUAUAAUCAUUUAGCGUGUAUGUGUGUUCAUAUUUAUCCGCUCCUACUUAGACUUCCGGCAAUCUACGAAAUUCCCCUCCACGUGGUAUUUGGAAACACUCGUUUCUAUAUUUUUAGGUCAGCAGUAGAUUAUGCGUCAUCAGUGAGUAGUUGUAGUUGUUUGUCGGCGUUGUUAGUACGAAAAUGUUUAAUUGCAAUGCAGGAAUUUUAUUUGCACUGGAAUCACGGACAUUAUUUCUAUUAUUUUCCGUAACACCUUCACGCCUCUAGCGCGUGCAAUUUUCCUGUAUUGUAAUUAGGAUCGGCGUCGCCCUCGCCGUCGUCGUCUUCUACUAAAGGUAGUAAACAAUGAAUGCAAUUUUCCUGUAAACGAGAGCUCAAUACUAUAUAAAACCUUGGAGCGUGCGCGACGUCAGCUGGAGGAGUUUGGUUUUCGGCGUCGCCGUUAGUUUUACCCCGACAUUCACGUCGGUUUAUUGUUAUGUAGAACCCAAACUUCGAAGCGUCUUACGCGUCCGAAAAUCGUCAUGGGCGAGGGGCGUAACUACACCAUCGCUUGCGUCGAUGGUUUAGUGCUACCAUGCUGGAGACCCCUUGUAAAUAUCACAAUGAUAGACCGGAUUGGACGUGGUUUUAUCUACUCCUUGGUUUUAAUGUACCUUUUUAUCGGGGUUUCGAUAAUAUCCGAUCGCUUCAUGGCCGCUAUUGAAGUAAUAACGUCCCAAGAACGAGAAGUUUCCGUGAGAAAACCAAAUGGUGAGCGAAACAUAGUUGUAGUGCGCGUAUGGAACGAAACUGUUGCGAAUCUCACUUUGAUGGCACUUGGAUCGAGUGCCCCAGAAAUUUUACUAUCAGUCAUCGAAAUCUGGGCUAAAGAAUUUAAGGCAGGCGAAUUGGGGCCUGGAACUAUCGUAGGCUCUGCCGCUUAUAACUUAUUCGUAAUUAUCGCAAUUUGUGUAUCUGUCAUUCCCAAUGGAGAGAUUCGCAGAAUAAAACAUCUUCGCGUGUUUUUUGUAACGGCGGCUUGGUCCGUUUUCGCUUACGUGUGGUUGUACAUCAUUCUCGCGGUUUCCUCCCCGAGUGUCGUUGAGGUAUGGGAAGCAGUUUUAACGUUUCUCUUUUUCCCUACAACUGUCCUAACGGCCUACGCCGCCGACCGAAGGAUGUACAAAUAUAUCAGAAAGAGUUAUAGAAUGAAUGUUCGUGGAGUAAUUGUUCAAGCCGAGGGUGCGGACUCGUUAGAGAUGGGCCAAACCGAUUUAGAAGCCGACGACAUCCACGAAGAUGCAAAACAAGAGUACGUGUCUACUUUGAAAGAGUUAAGGCGACAGCAUCCAAAUUGCGAUUUGGAUUCUCUCGAAAGGAUGGCUCACGAAUUGCUACUAAAUCGGGGACCUAAAUCACGUGCGUUCUAUCGGAUUCAGGCAACACGUAAGCUUAUGGGAAGUGGUGAUUUACUGAGACGUAUAUCCGAACGGGCUCAAAGUGAUCUUAGCGAAGUAAAGGCUGAAAUACGACGAGAAUCUGGAAGUGCCGAAUUCAAUCCUACGGGGAGUCGCGUCUUUUUCGAACCAUCUAAGUACACUGUUUUGGAAAGUUGCGGACGGUUCGAAGUACGCGUCGCUCGAACAGGUGAUCUAGAUUCAAACGUCUCUGUACAGUACUGUACCGAGGAUGGCACUGCUACUUGUGGCAGCGACUAUGUUUCUGCCAAAGGCACUUUGCAUUUCGGGCCAGGGGAGAAAGAGAAACGAAUCGUUUUGGAGGUAAUUGACGACGAUGUGUUUGAGCCAGAUGAACAUUUUUACGUGAGACUGAGUUUAGCUCAACCCUCUGCCUCAUUAAUGUCGCCAACUUUAGCCACCGUAGUAAUUCUUGAUGAUGAUCACGGUGGUAUAUUUAAAUUUAGUGUACGUGACCAUGAACUUGUGGAAAGUGUCGGUAUAUAUGAACUUAAAGUAAUCAGGUGUUCGGGGGCGAGAGGCCGUGUGAUCGUGCCCUACUGGACGGAGGAUGGAACAGCGAAGAGCAACAAGGAGUACGAACCGAUUGAAGGAGAACUUAUUUUUGAAAACAACGAAUCUGAACAAUCCAUCCAAUUAACUAUAAUAGAAGAAGAUAGUUACGAGAAAGACGUAUUGUUUUAUGUACAAUUAGGAGAACCGCAACUGUCAGGUGAUGACGAAGUAGCAAGUUUAGCAGCGGAAGCCGAAAAGAAAAGGGCGGAAGAUCGAACCGAACGAGAGAAACUUGCUCUAUUGGGAAAGCCACGUUGCGGUGAUAUCACACGAGCGCAAAUACGCAUAAAAGAGAGUAAAGAAUUUAAGGUAAGUUUAAAUGUCCUUUCUUAA